CUCCCCUCUCCUCCUCCUUCCUCUCCCUCCUUCUCCGCCUCCUCCUCCCCCGGCCGGCUCGACGAGCGCGCGGCAGCGCGCCACGCCCGCCUCGGCCCCUGCCCCCGGCCGUGAUGGCGGGGGUGGCCGUGCGGUACUCGUGGCGCGGCGAGAGAGCGGGUGUGGCACGCCGCGCUGGGCGACCCGGACGGCGUCCGGGUGGGCGCGUGGAGCGGGCUGAGCGCCGUCGCCGGGCUCGCUGCCACGCCGGAGGGCCCCGCCGCGGCAGAGGCCCUCCGCGCCGCCUUCGCGGAGUCCGUGCUGGGCGCGGCUGCCGUGAGCCACUUGCGCGUGGUGCCCGCGCAGCCGGGCCAGGCGGCGUGCGCGGUGGCGCCCCGCGCGGGGCAGAGCCUGGCCGCGCUCCUGGAGCGGGGGUGCCGCCAGGACGGGGGCAUCUUCCAGCUGCGGGCCUGCUUCGACAGGCCCUCCGGGCCAGGUUACCGCUUGGUCCAGGUGGCGUUGCCGCGUAUGUUCGUCCCCGCGCAGGCGCCCGCCGCGGCCACUGCGGGGCCUGAUGCCCCGCCCGUGGAGGAGUUCGACUGCGCGGAGGGCGGCCUUGUCGGCGACCUCAAGGCGAUGCUGCGGCAGCGCACGCGGCUGCCCGCGGAGCGCAUGGUGCUGCUCCUCGGCGGCGCCCGCCUCCACGACGGGCUGCCCCUGGCGCACCUCGCUGCGGCGGGCCCGGGCACGGCCGCGCUCGUGCUGCACCUGCAGCUCGCCGCGGGCGGGGUGCACCUGCUCGUGCGCCGCGAGGGGCAGGGCCACCGCGAGCCUCGCGGGCCCUGCCGGCUGACGCUGCGGCUGCCGCCCGGCGUGCGCGGCGCGCGCCAGCGGCCGCUCGCCGUGGACCCCGGGCAGAGCUUCGGGGACCUCUGCCGCGACGUGCAGGCCGCCUCUGGGCUGGCGCCCGCCGGGAUGCUGCUGGAGCUGCUGGCCCCGUCUGGGGGCAGGCAGCUGCUCGGCGCCAGGCGCACAGACCACGCCAGCACGCUGGCGGAGCUCGGCAUCCGCGACGGCUGCGAGGCCCGCGUCUGGCACGCGGCCGAGGAGCUGUGCCCCGCGAGCCCCUUCGACGUGGGCGUGGACGUGGCCCCCGCCGGGCAGGGCCAGGAACUCUACGCGGAGGUGGCGCGGCAGCUGGGCGUGGCGGACGCCGCCGGGCUGGCGCUGUACGCGGGCGGCGCGGCUCUGCCGCGCGAGCAGGGCCUGUCGGGGCUCGCCGACGGUAUGGUGCUGUCCGCGUUCGGAGGAGGGAGAUAG